AUGCCCUCUUUGUUCUGUUCGUCUUCCUCAGACGCUUCUUGUGUACGCAUGGGCUUUCUGCGGGUCGGCGUCUUCGUCCUCACCGGGCCCCAAGCCCUCAUUUCUUUUCGGCAAUAUUCACCAACCGCCCAAGACGAAGUCUGGAAGACUCUGUCUGUAUGGGGCGCACAAUACAGUGACGUGGUCUACGCGCAGUUCCUCCGCAAGCCCAUCCUCGUCCUCAAAUCCUUGCAAGCCGCACAAGACCUCAUCAAGAAGAAAAAUGCGAUCUACUCCGACAGGUCGCAUUUCACUCUGCACGUCGAUAUGAAAGUGUAUCGCGCAUCGGUCAAUAUUUGCGUCGCGCGACAGGAGCACCUCACCGCCCUCGCAGGAUCGGGGUAUCCAGUAUGGUCCCCCACAUGCGGCCUGCAGGACAAGGGCGCGGCCGCGAACUUCCGGCCCUUCAUUUUACAUAUCGAGCAAUAUGUCGGAAACGUGCCCAUCGAGCUAACCUACGGGCACUCCGUGCAGUCCCCCAACUCGGACGAAGAGGAGUGUCGUCUUCCGCCGGGCCCGAGGCCUGUCCCUCUGUUUGGGAACAUCAAUCAGGUCCCCGCGAGUGAGAUAUGGAAAGGCUUUGCUGCCUGGGGUGCACAGUACGGUGAUGUCAUCUACGUGCGAUUCUUCAACACCCGUGUGCUUGUCCUCAGUUCCUUGAAGGCAGCACAGGAGUUGCUGGAUAAGAAGAGCGCCAUUUACUCUGACAGGCCAAGGUUCACAUUGCAUGUAGAAGUGAUGGGGAUUGAUUCGUUGGUCUCGCAUAUGAGGUAUGGCGAGCGCUUCCGCAAGCAUCGCAGAUGGAUCCAUGAUGGCCUGCAAAACCAGGCGGCUGUUACGAAGUUCCGUCCGGUGCGGAUCCGCGAAGCGUAUAAACUCUUGUUGAACUUGAUCGAUACUCCGGAGGAGUUCGUCUCGCACAUCGAGCGAUACGUAGGAUAUGUACAACUCGCGCGGACCGCGACCACCGCAUUGUCCGACGUGGGGAGUCCCGCAGCACUGCUGGUGGACUUCUUCCCCGUGUUGAAGUACCUGCCCUCGUGGAUGCCCGGGGGCGAAUUCAAGAAAGAAGCAGCGACGAUACGGGGAUACAUGCGGCGCAUGUUGGAUGUCCCGUAUGCAGUCGUCAAGAAUGCGAUGGCCGCCGGUACUGCUCCGCCCUCUAUGACGAUGACUCUACUCGAGGAGGCCUCAAGCAAGGGAAGGGUGACAGAGGAAGAAGAGGACGAUAUCAAGGGGACCGUUGGCGUCUUGUUUGGAGCUAAAUUUUCCCACGUCUUGUAUGAGCGUCCAAACUGA